UCACACACAGGCUACGGGAACUGGAAACCGUUCCAAAUCAUCCAUGUGUGCAUGCUUACAGCUCUGGCUUUUCCAAGCAAAAGAGAAAACACUUGUGAAGAAACUUAGAGGCGGAAGGGGUUAAAUGAAAUCCAACUCUCCUUUUCCUGUGCUGUAAGGAUUAGUAACCAAACAGGAGCUGGAGAGAAGAGCGUGUUAGAGCCACUGUUUGAACCAGAACAGUAGGAAAGUGGUUAUUGAAGCUUGCCUACAGGGUAGUGUAAGUGCCUCUAAGUUUUGCACUCACCAGGUACAUGCAGAAGGAAAAGAUGAAGAACUUGUUCCUUCUGCUCAUAUUAGCAAUGAUGCCACCUUCUGCAUUUUCAGCAGCAGUACGACCCAGCAACACAGUCUCUUUUGCAAGAGAACAGAGCCCCAGGAUGAAGCGGCAAAUUGAUGUCUGGGGGAGCUGGGGGGAAUGGGGCGAGUGCAGUCGGAGCUGCGGUGGCGGAGUCAGUUUUCGGCAACGGCGCUGCUAUUCUCAAAGGACAGAAGAUGGUUCCAGUUGCAGUGGACCAACUCAAAGCUAUCGCUCGUGCAAUAUUCAGAGCUGCCCAGAAGGCUCCUGGGAUUUUCGGGCAGAGCAGUGCGCAGAGUUUGAUGGUACAGAAUUCCAAGGAAAGAAAUACAAGUGGCUCCCAUAUUAUGGAGCACCCAAUAAGUGUGAAUUAAACUGUAUUCCCAAGGGAGAAAACUUUUACUACAGGCACAAGGAAGCAGUGGUAGAUGGGACUACAUGUGAACCUGGCAAGCGGGACAUCUGUGUAGAGGGAGUCUGUCAGGCCGUUGGCUGUGAUAACAUGCUGAACUCUGCCAAGAAGGAGGACAAUUGCCUGCAGUGUGGAGGAGAUGGCAGUACCUGCUACAGAGUGAAAGGCAAUUUUGAUGUAGCAAGCCUCCCCAAAGGCUACAAUCAGAUCUUCAUCAUCCCCAUGGGAGCCACCAGCAUCCACAUUAAGGAAGUUAUGCCCAGCAGGAACUUUCUGGCUGUCAAGAACGUGCGAGGGGAGUAUUAUCUGAACGGGCAUUGGACAAUCGACUUCAGCCGAGCACUGCACAUGGCUAGCACAGUAAUGCACUAUGAUCGUGGCUCAGAAGGUGAUCUGGCCGCAGAGCUCCUCCAUGCCAGGGGCCCCACCACAGAACCGUUAGUCAUUGAGCUAAUCAGUCAGGAGCCAAACCCAGGGGUACAGUAUGAAUACUACCUGCCAGUGCAAGGACAGAGCUCAGGUCACAGCUGGAGCUACAGCUCCUGGAGUGAGUGCAGCUCUGAAUGUGGAGGAGGUUUUCAGUCACGCUUGGUGUUUUGCACCAUAGACAACGAAAUUUAUCCCGACUCUAUGUGCAGGAAUAAACCACAACCAGACAAUAACCGGACAUGUGGCCGUCAGGCUUGUCCCCAGACCAAACGGACUUCUUACAUCUAUCUGCCGCAAGCCUGGAAGCACAGUGGAGCACGGACCUCUCAGGUGAAGAGGUGGAAAACAGGGGAGUGGGGAUCCUGCUCAGCUACCUGUGGUGGAGGCACCCAGACCCGCCCUGUCUACUGUGUGGCCUACGACGGUCAGAGCUCCCAAGGGGUGGUGGAUAAUGCCGAGUGCAUGGCCUUCGCACAGCAGCCUCGCAGCAGUCAGCCCUGCAGCAUGAGGCAGUGUGCAACCUGGAGCACAGGGCCCUGGUCAGAGUGCUCAACCAGCUGUGGGGAAGGUGUCCAGAUCCGGACUGUCACCUGCAGAACACAGCAGGGCUCUCAGGCUCAGGACUUUGUUUGCGUGAUGGAGCCAAAGCCAUCAGCCACCCAGCCCUGCCUUCGGGAGAACUGCAUCCAGGAAAUUGGCUGGCACAUUGGAGAUUGGGGCCUGUGUUCAAAAAGCUGCGAUUCAGGCAUCCGGACGCGCCAAGUCAUCUGCGCUGACGGUGACUCCAAAUUCUAUAGUCCUGAGAUGUGCAAAGCCAUCCAGCCGCAGAAACCAGACACACUGGGUAGCUGCAACAUGCAGCCCUGCUACCUGCCACAGCAGGUCCCCAGUAUGCAGGACACUAUGGGAUAUGAUGUUACCCGCCAGUCCUUGCUGACACGUUACAACCCAAACAGCCCUGCCAGAGGAGUUCUCUCCCCAGAUUCUGGUGAUGAAAGGAUGCUCCCUGGGAGCUCCAUGGUGCAUAGUAGCUCUGGGAAUUACCACAUUCAGUCCACCGAGGACCGUGGCACCAACUUCUUGCCGAUUCGCUGGGAAUCCCAGUCACGCUCAUCGGGUUCCCGACAGCUCAGCUUCUCUCGGGACCUCGCUGCAGGGACUGGCUCUCAGGACUGCUCUCGGAGCCCCCACGGCUGCUGUCCAGAUGGGCACACUCCAGCUUCAGGUCCUCUGAGAAGAGGUUGCCCCUUUGGCAUCUGUCAACAGAGCAGGUACGGAUGCUGUCCUGAUGGAAUAUCAUCUGCCCAGGGUCCAAACAACAUGGGAUGCCCACAAUAUUACAGUGAUGUUGAGGUGAACAGAAGUCAGCCCACUGCAGCUGCUCCAACAGCAAGCCAAGCCUUGUCCCAGCAGCACCCCUCAGGCGAAUGCCGUGGUUCAAUGUAUGGCUGCUGUUUUGACAACAUCGCUUCAGCUUCGGGCCCGCAAGGGGAAGGAUGUCUCAACAGGCCCAACUACCCCUUUCCUGUCAUAUGCCUGCUGCCCAGCGCUCACGGCCCCUGCACGGACUGGACCACUCGCUGGUACUUUGUGGCGGUUGUUGGCAAGUGCAACAGGUUUUGGUACGGUAGUUGUCAUGGCAAUAAGAACAGCUUUGCCUCAGAGGAGGAGUGCAUGAGGGCAUGCCAGGACCCUGCGGGAGUCAGUCCCCUGGAGCGCCAGCAUGCUCCUCGUGCAGGGACCCUGCAGCACCAGCGCACUGAUUCCCACACUCACCCAGGCGAUGCUCGGGGGGAGUGGCAGCCAUCCCUGAGAGAGUCUGCAAGUCACAGCCAAGAAGGAAGAGUCUAUGGGGCUUUGCACCCCACACGAGGCAGCCACAGGGUGGACAGCUGGAGAAGUGAUGUGCUGUCAGAGUCUUUGCCAAGGACUGGUGUGCUGGCGAGCCAGCGGUGGGGUGCCCGGCGUGCUGAGGCUGGUGGAGAAAGGAGACUGGGCCACCUGAGCCAGCCGCAUGUGAUUCAGGAAGCGGCAGUGUCUGAGCAUUCAGAGAGGCAGAGUGGCAGUGGCCAGCAAGCGCUGCCCCAUGAAGGCGAGCAGUGGCCUAAGGCUUUUGGAGCAGAUGCUUCUGUGACGGAGGGACUUGGGCACCAGGCAUCUGCAGGCUCCUUCCCAGCACGAGCUCUGCACAGAGCCAUCCUGGAGGAAGGCAGGCCCUCGCUUGUGACAGCAGCUGUGGGACAAAACAUCCAGCUGUUCUGCAGGAUAGGCACAUUCCCCUUCUCCAGAGUGGAGUGGAUGAAGGAUGGGCAGCCCGUCUCCUCCGACAGGUACACCUACCAGUCUGACAGCUCCUUGGUGAUCAGCCACAUCAAGUCAGAGGACACAGGGACUUACACGUGUCUCAUUUCCAACGGGAGGACAGAGAGAUUGGAGAGACGACAGAUUCAGUUACAGAUCAUAGAGUACCAGGGUGCUGUUCUGGCGGAGAGUGAGAGAGGUCGGGUCAUUCACAAGGAAAAUGAGCAACAUCGAGAGCUAUCCAGAGGCAGUAAAAUUGUACAGGCAGCCGGUUCCUCUGUGCAUCAACAAUUCACAUACAGAUUGCUAAUGGAUAAGAGCGAGCCCUCGGUGGUGGAGGCCAAUGUCGGGGAGAGAGUCAGACUGCCCUGCACAGUGGAAGCAUCGCCCACUCUCACCAUUGAGUGGCAGAAGGAUGGACAGCCCCUCUCCUCUCCCAGGCACAGGCAGCAGUCAGACGGGGCACUGGUGAUCAGCCGGGUCAGCCCUGAAGAUAUUGGCUUCUUCACCUGCAUCGCCUCGAAUGGACGUGACCAGGACCAGCGCCAGGUCCUGUUCCGACCUCUAGCUAGUGAUGAUUUCCUUUCUGGUCCAGAAGAGCUGAGGAUCACUGGUCUUCUCCCAAGCAUCACAGUACCCAAGGGAGAGGCUGCCCGACUUCAUUGCAUAGUGACUGGCAACAAUGUGAAUAUACGGUGGUCAAGGAAUGGUGUCCCAAUGCAGGCUGAUGGCCACCACAUCCACCUGUCCCGGGACGGAAGCCUGAUCAUAAGCAACGUUCAAGAGGCUGACGAGGGAUCUUACACAUGCAGUGCCUACAGCAGCAGCAACUCUGUCAGUGCCAGCACGGAGGUGAAAGUGAUGAGGAGCAGGCCUAGCACAGCUGUGAAUCAUGUUGCAGACCUGAGCAGAGAGUGCGUGGACCAGCCACACCUCGCCAACUGCGAUCUGAUCCUGCAGGCCCAGCUCUGCGGUAAUGAAUACUACUCCAGCUUCUGCUGCGCCAGCUGUUCUCACUACCAACCGCAGGCCAGCCCUCAUCACCAUGGGUGACAGACACCUCCGAGGCUACAUGAAAGUACAGGUGACUGAUGACAAAACACGAGCUCUGUCCUUUUACUGCAUAGAACUGUUUUGGGAGCCCAGUUCUGUUUGAAAGCUUAAGAGGGUGAAUUUAACAGUGUAGUGGGUUUAACUGUUCAAAGGUGGGAGAACCACCACCCUCAAGUGUAUUGCAAACUUCUUUUUUCCUCCCCCCCCCCCCAUAUGCCUUGCAAUAGCUAAUCCAUCUCUUCACUUAACAAUAGCUGCAGUUACUCACGGAGCGAGAUGACACUGGGAACAGGAUUCUGUGACUUUAUAGGAGGCGGAUAACCAGCGUGAAAGAGGGAGAGACCAGUUGUUCACAUAAGCAAGAGAAAAGUGCUCUUAAGAAAACAGUCUUUGAAGUGUUCGAAGAUGGGCCUGAACUGUCUUAACUAAAGCAUGAAUCAGUGAGGAGCAUUUAUAAUCCUGGGGAGCAGUUUCUAUCUAAAUGCAGAAGACUCUGGACAUGAGUGGCUUGAUGCAUGUAAAAUUAGUAUUUGGGUUCUAUGAGGGGGAUGCAUCCAUACAGGGAUGCAUCCAUAAUGUCACAUAUUGUAGCUGUUUUAUUCUAGUACCCCUUAGACAAAUUUCUAGUUGGGUCAGUUCGGCUCUACUUGAAUAUAAUCAGCUUUGGAGUGAAAUGCAGAAGCAGCGUUUCACAAAAGCUGGAGCACAAAACAAAAGAAUACUUUAGCCCUUUCUAAAUGGUAGGGAUAAUUCAGAUGAAUAUAACACUAUCAUCUGUUCUGCUGCAGUUUAAUAUGACUAUCUCUAGGAAGGCUUUUUUUUUUUUUUUUUUAGAAGCCAAAACUGUUCUGUUGAAUUUAAUGCAAAGAUGGGAUCUGUGGUAGCCUUGUGCUGAGUUUGUGCUUGGCGAGGACAAGAGGUAGGGGCCAGUGGCUUGCCAGAAUAAACCUCCCAAUGAUCUGCUCUAGUCUCAGUUAACUCCGGGAGAGCCUGGCUCUGCAUGCGUGGCCUGGGCCAACUCCUGCUGUUACGAGCUAACAGAUGAGGACUUCCAGAUGCAGAGUAGCUAUAGCUGAAAAGCAUCCAGCAUUUCAAGAUGAGCACUGGGUGACAGCUAGCAUGUAGGCAAGGGUCUGAAAGAGAAAUUCUCAGGUAUUAAGAUGGAGUGAUAUAAUUUGUUGAGCCAGGGAGGGCCCAUAGUGCUGUCAGUAUCUCACAAUGGAACUGCAGCUUAUGAGCAAAUGCAUUAUUUUGCAGCCUCAAUAGUAUUGUUUUACCCUCACAUUAGUCCUAGCAUUUCCUCCUUCCUCACUCCAAACUCCAGAGACUUGGAUGGGUUAACCAUAUAAAUUAGCACCAUCACCUAUUUAGUCUAUGUAUAGUUGUAUCUAAAACUAGUACACUGAUACGUGAUACUAGUGGGUUUGGGGUGGGGCGUGGAGGAGGGUUGGUGGUGUUCCCCCCUGCCCGCCCCCCCCCCCCCCCCCCCCGUUUCCUUUCCUUUAAUUUAAGGCUUGUAAAGAAGGAGUCUAAUUCUGGACUGUGAUCACACCACUCUCCUUCAGGCCAGAAUGAACACUCAGGGCAGCAGUGAUACAGAGGUGUAAAUCUCCACGCUUGACAGCCUAAAGCGGGUCUGGAAUCUAAAUCCAGUAAAUCAGUUCAGCUGCACCUAAAAAUAAGAAUUACUAACCUAAUGAUUGCACUCUUUUCAGCACAGGUAUGUCUUCAAGACUGGACACCAUACUGUAAGAUGUGAACACACUAAAAAGUCUAGAAGCAAUCCAGUAAAGGAGUGAGAGGUGACAGAUUUUCAAAGAGAUUUUUUUUUUUUUUUUUUUUGAGAGGUCAGUGAUAGUCUGCUUGCUAGAAGGCAGAAAGUCUUACUUUGCAGUGAAGAUCCAUUAAUUUGGCUAUUAGGAAAAUAAGCCUCUGCUGUGACUCUCAGGAUGGGUUACACUAUGUUAGUGAAGUUGCCAUCAUUGGUAAUUUAAAAACAAUGAGAUAGAUAGUCCUGAGAUCAAGUCUACUUGUAUAUGUUCAUAAAUUUGCAUUUAACAUUUCAAAACAGCACUUUUUUUUUUUUUGGUUUUCUAUCAUCUAGAAUAUUUGAUGCUAUAGUAUGAAUCAACCUUCUGAGACAAUGGCCCUAAUCACAACCUGUGUAAAUGCCAGUCUCAGUGAAACAGGGAUGAGACCACUGAGCUCAUGUGAACCUUCUCAAGAGUGUGGUUAGAGGUAGAUUAUAGCUAUAUUUAACCCCCACUCGCCUUUUACUUUCACUGAACGUGAGCAGUCAUUUCUGUAACUUCCCUUCCUAUUUUGUCAGAGGCCUUUUUUUUUUUUUUUUUUCUUCUCAGUAAGAAGAUUUAGAUAGUAUGCAUAUUCAGCUUUCAUUUAAGACGCAUAGUUAUAAAGCAUACAGGCAGGGAGCUCUUUCUUAAGACUUCUGAGAGCUGUAACUGCCACCUGUAGUCUGAUGGACUCUAAUUUCACGCUGAAGGGGUUUUGGUUAAGAAGUGAGCAUUUAUUCUCUGACUUUCUCUUUCUAUUGAGUAUCCAUGGUAAUAAGGAUUGUAUUUGAAGGCAUGCAGUUCACUGUACAUGCCAUCACUGCAAUAGUUAAAUAAAAGGGCUUUUCCUUACCUCCCCCCCCCCACCAUUUGGCAAGCUGAGAUUUUGCUUCUGUGUAAUGUCACUAACUGCCUAACUGGCUGUUUACUUUUUGAUUUGUGUACCAAGCUGUUACUUUCCUUCCCUAAACAAUGGUUUGUAGGAAAAGCAUAUUUCCCUUGCUGUUAUCAUCAGGGCAGGGGAAGGGUGUAGAUAUACUGGCCUAUUUUUUGGAUGGUCUUUGGGCAGUGCUGUGAAAGACUUAGGGGGGGCUAAUGGGGGAGAGGAGGAAAAAGCAUGUAUAGCUUUUUCUAAUCAUAUAUAUGUCAGCUCUCCACGCACAUAUGACUACAAAUAUGUGUCUGCUUUCCAAAAGCUGAAAAAGCAUCAGUACUACCUCAAAUACUAUAGCGAGUAUUGGUCAUUACUAGUCAUGCCAUACUGAAGACAGGUAUGCUUAAUGCAAGAAGCUAUACAGAAAAAAAGCCCCAGCUUUGUAGACCAUGUCACUGAAUAGCAUUGUACUUGCCUGGAAGCAGAAACUGCUGGCAAGCUCAUAAAGAAGGAAGCAUUUCUAAAGGAAAGGCUCAGAAACAGUCUCUUCUGCUCUCUUUAUUCCACUAUAGUAAUAUACACCCCUUUCAGGUACAAGGUCUGACUUUUCUCUAUACCUAAACUUUUUGGUGCACACAGGAAUGCAGUGUGAAGCAGUCACAUUAAGAGGGUAGGUAUAGCAACUUACUGGCAGAACAAAGUGAAAACACACUCCUGCUCACAUGGCUAUGAGAUCUUCACUCCUUUUAAUACUAGGAGAAAGAAAAUCAAAAUGAGUUUUCUUUUUUCCCCUAUUUGAAUGUUAGUGGCUUCGUGUUUGUCUCUAAGUAAAUAUUCAGCAUUAGAAAAUUCAGCGAUGCAAACUAGAAUCUAAUGCUUUCAGUAAAUCCCUCCUUUUUUGGAGCUUUAAAUAGCAAGGAUAUUUGCAAGUUAGGUCUUAAAGUUCUAGGUAAUGUAAUAGGGCGUACAGAAAAGCAAGCCAUGAAAAUAUUGUUGUUAAGCUUCUAGGCUGGCAAGCGGUUUGUCUUUGUUCACCUAGUAACACAAAAGGACAAAUCCUGAAAACCAAAGGGGGAAAAAUAAAGCUUUCACAGACAGUGCUUCUACCACCAACAUUUAUUUCUGUUAAAGCAGAUUAUAAAUCAUCAGUACAAAUAUAUAUAACUUACAUUUGCUUGUAAGGCCAAAGUUUAAAUGUAAAGUUAAAAUGAGAUGGAUUUCACGAGUCACCAGAGGCAGAACCUGGACCAGCUGCAGCCUUAAUCACAAGGUUUCACAAAUCAGUGGAAAAAAUAAAAACAAAGUUAAAAUCCUCUAAGAGCUAUUGACAGACAAACAUAAAAUGGGUUCCUAGGUAGCCCCAGGUUGUAGAUAUGAUUACAUUAAGUUGUCACAGUAGUGUUAGAACCAAUAGAUUAAGACAAGGAAACUGCAGCGAUACAUGAAAGAAAAUAAACAUACUAUAUAUAAUAUGUAGCCUGAUUCCAAUAAAAAACAGUAGACUUUUCCCCAUGGUUUUCAAGCCAUGACAAUACUGUUCUUUAUUUUUUUUUAUUUAAAACUACGAUAUAAUGACUUAUUGGUUGUGAUUGUUGUUGCAAUAUGCUACUUACAAUGAACAGAUACAAGAACAAGCUAGGGCCCCUUUCUUCCCUUCCCCCUCCCCCCAAAUAUUACUUACAAUAAGAAUCAGUGAUAAAUCAAUCUUAUGUACAAUUUCUUACAUCCAACCCCUUUUUUUUUAAACUUUGGCAAGAUUACUUACAACUCAUACAGCUUUUAAUAUCCAACUAUGUAAAAUAUUCUAGAUGCAUAAAAAUAAAGAUUUUGGCUUUACUUUA